AUGGCUUUAUUUAACUCAAUCUCUAAAAUUGGUUCAAUCAACUCCAAAUCAAACACUUUAAUUAAUUCUACAAUGAAUGGUAAUGCAUUUGGAUCAAAUGAAAUCUCUGUACUUGCAAAUACCAAUGUAAAUGCAGCAACAAAUACAAAUCUUAGUGUUGCUGGUAUCACAUUAGUUAAUGCCAAGACAAACACCAAUGCGUUAAAGUUUAAAUCUAUUACCAAAUGUAACAGUUGUUGUAAUUACUAA